AUGAACAUGGAAGCGAGACCGGAAAUGGUGUGUGUGGCGUGCCGCAGCUCGACACCUCUCCGCUCCCGUUUCGCGCACGUCCAGGCGAUCCCCACAGCCUCUCAAGCCGAAGUUCGACCUUGCGAACUGGUCGCGCGCUCUCAGAUCUUUCGCCGGCUAACUGUUUUCUCACAGGAGGCUGUUGGAAGUGGGAAGUCGUUACAGUGCUUCACAAGCAAGUUCGUGACGCUUGCUAAAUCUGACGAGGAGCUCGCUGCUCAGCUAGCGUCUACUUGGAAGCUUGCGGCUAAACGGAAAAAUGGCUCAUUGCCGGUGGAAGACCAGCUCGGUGAUGCUUCACGUGCAUACUGGGCGGUGAGUCACGCGCGGCAGCUCGAGCAGACUCCUCUCGUUAUGCCUACGAAUCCAACUUUCAACCAGUUUCGCCGCAUUGAUGCUCUGCAACGUGAUGCAGAUGUAGAGACUCAAUCUCGUACGGCUCCAAGAGAGUUUGUUACUGUUCGUUGCCGCCUCAAUGGCGGCUUAGUUCCUCUCGAGCUGCACGUAGCUGAAUUGCGUGAGGCGUUAGGCCUUCCCGAUUACGACCUACGUCCCUCGUUUCGUGAGCCACUGCCUACCACCAGUCCGACCGUCAACGUUGAAGACGUCGAUCACAUGAGCGAUACAAGCAUGGAAUAA